GCUCCGUGUGACACCCCCCCCAGGCCGCUGCCGGGCCCUGCGCUGAGGCCUAGGGUGGCUGUCGUGAGGGGAGCAGGGGGCUGCUGGUGCUCGCUGGGGUUCUCGCCACCCCACCCUCACCAGAACGUCUGUGUCCCCUGUGGGAGACGUGUCACCCCCCCCAUGGAGCUGUGGGGUGAUUUGGGACAAGGUCAGGAGCGAAGCCCUGUCCCCCCACAUGUGAGGCAGCCACCAUCCCCUCGGGACACAGCGAGACGUCUGCGGGGGACACAGCCCUGACAGCCAAUGCUGCGUGAGAUGAGUCCCCUGACACCGUACAAGCUGUCUACCUGUGCGUCAAGGACGUCGCCAGUAGAAGAGCAGAGAAAACUUCAAAGCAUUGUGCGGCACCUCAAGGAAAAAAGAGUUUUUCUCAUCUUCUGGCAUUUUUUUUGGCGUGAUGACAGCCCGUACCAGCUGUACAUGCCCUCUGCAGGCAUCGCUUCUCAAGCAUGGAUGAUGCGUUUCAUGGACAAGCCGUGUUUCCUUAAUUGUGUUUCUGCAUUGGAAGUUUCUGCCGAAAUUCCAGCGUUGCAAAGACAGGGUUGGGGUUUUUUUUGCACAAAGACGAAGGUUUUGUAGUUCGUCAUCCGAGUACUGCGGUUUUCGUGGCAGAGCUUGAGGUCUGGUGAUGUCUCAGCGGCCCCACUGGCUCCCUGCCUGCUGCGGCCCAGGGCUCCGGUUACCUGCAGGCAGCCCUGCCUGCACAGCCACGUCCCGCUGCGCCAGGAGCUGCACGAGUCUGUCCAUGGGCCCAAAACCUAAAUAUCCGAGGGGUCUGCGGGGUGUCUCUUUGGUGUGGGGGCUCAGAGUGUCUCUGCUCAUCUCUCUCCUUGUGUCUUUCUCCUUUUAGUUCCUUUUCACCAUGCUUUUUUCCUGCCUGUGAUUAUUUUUUUCCCCUUUACAGCUGAAUGCGAGCUUGCCUUCCGGUUUCGCUGCCAACCACGAACUCCAGAGCCCUUAUUUCAUAAUUUGUAUUAUUAGCACAUCUGUACCUUGAAUGCUCCGGUCAGUCAGCUCUUAACUUUAUUUUUUUAACUGAAAAUGUUGCAGAAUCAGUUACUGGAAAUGAGGACAGGCUCCUCUUCGCAGAGACUGAAAGGAUUAGGGCUGCUGACACACGAGAAGGGAGAUGACGGAUGGCUGUGUAGAGACUGACUUUAGCACCAGGAAGGGGGAAAGCUCUGGAGGAGAGCCACAACCGUCUCGCCCACAGCUUCAGUCCUCCGGAUAUCUCCGCUCCUCGCAGCGCAGGGCCAUGGAUUUCCCCCAGCACAGCAAGCAAGUCCUGGAACAGCUGAACCAGCAGCGGCAGCUGGGUUUGCUGUGCGACUGCACCUUCGUGGUGGACGGCAUCGACUUCAAGGCCCACAAAGCUGUGCUGGCAGCCUGCAGCGAGUAUUUCAGGAUGCUUUUCGUCGACCAGAAGGACGUGGUACACCUCGACAUCAGCAACGCAGCAGGCCUGGGCCAGGUUUUGGAGUUCAUGUACACGGCUAAGCUAAGCCUAAACCCUGACAACGUGGAAGAUGUGCUGGCUGUGGCGGGUUUCCUCCAGAUGCAGGAGAUUGUCAGUGCUUGCAACGCUCUCAAGUCCCUCGCCGCGCCAGCAGAAAGCCCCGCCGAGAGCCAGCGGCCCCCUGCCGAGAUCGGGGCCGACAAGGCAACUGUCGAGGACAAGAGAUCAACUGUGGAAGCGCUGGGUGAUCUUGAUAAAAUAAAACCGGUUCCUCCCGAUCCGGAGGGGAAGGAAGAGACACCUGUGGCUGUGGCAGCACAGCCCGAGGCGCAGACGGAGCAGCUGGGUGGCCGAGAAGGGACAGACGCUGCUGUCCAAGAGGGCCCCGAUGCCGAAUUCCCCAGCCACCCGCAGCCAGCGGAGAGCGUGGUCAGCAGCGGCAGCUCCACGGCAAAGGGUGACAUCUCUCUGGGUGCCGAAACAGGAGAGAUGGAGCUGGAAGGGAAGGAGGAGGAGGGGGAGAUGAUGGCGGAGGACGAAGAGGAGGCUAAAAUCCCCGAGGAAGAGCAACCCCGGUUAGAAAACGGAGAAAAUGCCGAAGAUAACGAAUCGGGGAGCACUGACUCCGGGCAGGAGAACUCGGGUGAAACCCGUCUGCUGCGUUCGGGUACUUACAGCGACAGGACCGAGUCAAAAGCCUACGGCUCCGUCACCCACAAGUGCGAGGACUGCGGGAAGGAGUUCACCCACACCGGUAACUUCAAGCGGCACAUCCGUAUCCACACCGGCGAGAAACCCUUCUCCUGCAGGGAGUGUAACAAAGCCUUCUCUGACCCAGCUGCGUGCAAAGCCCACGAGAAGACGCACAGCCCGUUGAAGCCCUACGGCUGCGAGGAGUGCGGGAAGAGCUACCGCCUCAUCAGCCUGCUGAACCUCCACAAGAAACGGCACACGGGGGAGGCCAAAUAUCGCUGCGACGACUGCGGCAAGCUCUUCACCACCUCCGGCAACCUCAAACGGCACCAGCUGGUCCACAGCGGGGAGAAACCGUACCAGUGUGACUACUGCGGGCGCUCCUUCUCCGAUCCCACCUCUAAAAUGCGGCACCUGGAGACCCACGACACCGACAAGGAGCACAAGUGUCCCCACUGCGACAAGAAAUUCAACCAGGUGGGGAACUUGAAGGCUCACUUGAAGAUUCACAUCGCUGACGGACCCCUGAAGUGUCGGGAGUGUGGCAAGCAGUUCACCACUUCAGGCAACCUGAAACGGCACCUCCGGAUCCACAGCGGGGAGAAACCCUACGUCUGCGUCCACUGCCAGCGCCAGUUUGCCGAUCCCGGAGCGCUCCAGCGCCACGUCCGCAUCCACACUGGAGAGAAGCCGUGCCAGUGUUUAAUCUGCGGAAAAGCCUUCACCCAAGCGAGCUCCCUCAUCGCCCACGUACGCCAGCACACGGGGGAGAAGCCCUACGUCUGCGAACGCUGCGGCAAAAGGUUCGUCCAGUCGAGCCAACUGGCCAACCACAUCCGCCACCACGAUAAUAUCCGACCCCACAAAUGCACCGUUUGCAACAAAGCCUUCGUCAACGUGGGCGAUCUCUCCAAACACAUCAUCAUCCACACCGGGGAGAAGCCCUUCUUGUGCGACAAAUGCGGCCGGGGUUUCAACCGGGUGGACAACCUGCGUUCUCACGUCAAGACGGUUCAUCAAGGCAAGGCGGGCAUUAAAAUCCUCGAGCCGGAGGAAGGCGACGAGGUCAACAUUGUCACGGUGGCUUCCGAUGACAUGGUGACGUUGGCCACCGAGGCGCUGGCCGCCACCGCUGUCACGCAGCUCACGGUGGUUCCUGUAGCGGCCGCGGUGACAGCGGAUGAGACCGAAGCACUUAAAGCCGAAAUCACCAAAGCAGUGAAACAAGUGCAAGAAGCAGACCCCAACACCCAGAUCCUCUACGCUUGCGAUUCCUGCGGGGAAAAAUUUCUGGAUGCCACCAGCCUGGCGCAGCACGUCCGCAUCCACACCGCCCAGGCCCUCGUCAUGUUCCAGGCCGACACGGACUUUUACCAGCAGUACGGAACAGCCACAGCUUGGCAAACGGAACAGGUCAUUCCUGCCGGAGAAUUGCUCUUCCGAACCCGUGACGGCCCCCCCGAAUCCUCCGCAGCCCCCCUGGUUCCUGCGCCUACAGCCGGGGAGGGUCAGCCGCCCCCCGAGUGACUCCCCCUCGCCUUUAUUUAAAAGACAGCUGCUUGGAAAUGGUGUAAAAAGUGUAUUUCUGGAAGGAGAGAGAUGGAAUAAAUUGCAAUAUUUUCUAA